AUGAACAAAAUAAUUGCUUUAGCUAUCAUAUUAGGCAUUACUAAUUGCAGCAUGCAAUUUAUGAAUGCUUCUUCAGAAAAUGGCGUCAAAAAUGAUUCUUCUAACUCUUUAAAAAUAGAAUUAAAUGAAGAUUUUUAAUCGAUGAUGAAAAUUGAUACUAUUGGAGAUGUACUAGUACAGUUUGACUUAAAUACUGAAAUUACUUACUUUACUUCGAUUGAAUGUGAGGAUUGCCUUUAUUUUGGAGAUUAAAAAGCAACUAGAUUCACUUGCUUAAAAGAAUUAAGCUGUGUCUAAUAAGGCGCAUUUGAGUCAUUUUCGGAUGUUUAAAUCAGUUAAGACUAUUUUGCUAGUGGGGAUAUUAUUGAUGUAAGGAUGGUCUUGGGUGAUGUGCAUUUCUAUUUACCUGAAGUUUAUUUAGUCAAAUCACUUUAUACUAAAAAUUAAAAUCCCUCAAAAUAUGUUUACCAAAAAAUUGGCUUACUUCUAGCUGGUGAUAAUUCAUAAAAAUUUGAAAGUCAAAUUUUUACUUCUCUCUAUAAAUAAGGAAAAAUAGAUAAAAUAAGCUACUCACUUUAUUAUGAUGAAAAUGUUAAAAAUUAUUAUUUGACCAUCCCUGAUUAUGAUUCAAGACUUAUACCAUCAAGAAUAUCUCUUUUUAAUUUAACUUUAAGUUGGAAUGCUGUUUUUGAUUAUAAGAAAGAGUAAUAUUUUACUGGAUAAUUGGAUUUUUGUGGCGAACAAAUGCUAAAGUAAAUUAUCCUUAAUAUUCAUUUAGAUCCUACUGUGAAUGAUUAAGUGUUUUAACUAGAUGAAUCAUAUUUUGAAGAUUUCAAUAGAUUUAUGAUUGAACAUAGAAUGGAACCUGAUUUAUCUUUAUUUACAAAAGAAAAACCUGGAGAAUGGUCAACAGACAAGAAUUUUUCUAUUGAUAUUAAAAUAGAUAUUGAUCAAAAUGGAAAACUGCCGAAGCCAAAAUAAUUUGAUGUACAAUUUUCUAAGGAUGAUGUCAUUAAUUCACUCUAGGAAAAAGAAUUUUUAGCAGAUAUUUGUACUACCUAUACUAAAAUGAUAAUGGAUAGUAUAAGGUUGCUUUAGCCCCCUUAAAACAAAAAUAAUCCUUAAGAUAAGAAAAAUAAUAUUAUUGAAAAAACCAAAUUAAAUAAUUAUACUCUAGCUCCUCAGUAACAAAAUUUAAUUUCUAAUCAAUUAUCAGAAAAAUAAUAUUACUAUCAUGUCAUUUAAUUUUGA